UCCAGACUCUGAGCUAAGGAAAGGUCACGUGAUCUAAUCUCGCGCUCUUGAGCCCAGGUGAGCUGAGUUGAGAAACCCUUCCUGAGUAUUCUACGCCAAUGCUUUUGUUAGUGUUCUGUUCAGCAGCCAUCGUCCAGAGCACACAACAGGGCCUAGUUAGAUGUGAAUUUGCAACUGGUCUGACUCAUAGGAGGAAUCGACACAUCCAUGCAUCAGUCACUGCGCUGUUCAAGAAACUGCUGGACAGCAUUCAGCCUCUCCUCAAACUCCAGAUAUCUCGACCCUAUCACUACAACACAGCUUCAUAUUUCGGUAUCCUCAUGUGAUCAUGGGACGAGAAUGUUGAUGGGUUCCACUGGCCUGUGAAUCCGGGUCAUCCUGUCGAGCUUUGCUCAAGCAGGAGGCUGUGCCCUUGUUUAGUGUCCGUAGU